CCAGACCUGGGCCCCUUGAUUCCUGGUGUUAAAUGUUCUCUGGGCAUCCACAUGCUCUGUUUGCCCUCCUAUGAUGUGGGACUCACCUUAGCGUGCAGCACUGGGUGAGGAACAAGCUUUGAAAAGCCCUGAGAAGACAGUUUAAAAUCAGCAGUUUGGAUUUUCAGCAUGAGGUUGUGCUGCUGGCUCUCAGGAGCACAUCCAAUCCAUCUGCAGAACACAGCCACCCGUCUCUGGAAUGAGAGAUGAAAUCAUCCGACAUCGACCAGGAAUUAUUCACAGAAAGUUACUGCAAAGUCUGCAGUGCUCAGCUGAUCUCGGAGUCCCAGCGCGUGGCCCAUUACGAGAGUCGGAAGCACGCCAGCAAAGUUCGUCUCUAUUACAUGCUUCACCCCCUCGAUGGAGGCUGCCCAGCUAAAAAGCUCCGGUCAGAAAACGGCAGUGAUGGUGACUCCGUGGAUAAGAACAAAUGCUGCACAUUGUGUAACAUGUCCUUCACCUCUGCAGUGGUGGCCGAAUCACAUUACCAGGGGAAAAUCCAUGCCAAAAGGUUAAAACUGUUGCUAGGUGAACAACCAGCAUUAAAAGCCACAGAAAGCACCCUGAGCUCUCUCAAGCAGCCACAUACGGGCAGUGCCCCCGUUGUGCCCUCCCCACACCCACGGCGAGACUCGGACCGGUUCUGCCAGCUCUGUGCUGCCUGGUUCAACAACCCCCUGAUGGCCCAGCAGCACUACGAUGGCAAGAAGCACAAGAAGAACGCGGCCAGGGCUGACCUCCUGGAGCAGCUGGGCAAGACUCUGGACCUGGGUGAGCUGAGAGGCCUGAAACGCAGCUACACCUGCAACAUCUGCAAGGUCACCCUGAACUCCAUAGAGCAGUACCAUGCACACCUGAAGGGCUCCAAACACCAGACCAACCUGAAGAACCAGUAGUAGCUGGGCAGGGGAGGCACAGGAAAGCACCGAGGCUGCUUCUGCAGAGAGGAGCAAGUCCCCAAGGAGAGGAUGCUUUCUGGGACUCUGAUCCUGUGUGGAUUCAAUAAUUAAUCUGUAACUAACCUUCGCUUUGGACAGAUACAUGGAAUUUUUUUUUUUUUUAAUUUUGUGGUGAGUUAAAAUAUUUCAAUGGAUUUUUUUACCCUUUCAAGAUAAUAUUUAUUCAGCACAGAGUCUAGAGUAUGAUUACUAUCCUGUAAAUACAGCACUUAACCAUCACUCAUCUUCAGAGACAGUGGAAACAAGAUAUUUUACUUUUUCGUAUUUAUUCUUAGAUUCCUCCUGAGGGUAUAAAAUUAUUCUAUUACAUUAUCCAUGACAGUGAUGUAACCAGUCUUCAACCAGAAAUAAACAUACUUCCUUC